GUCUUUCAGCUCUCUGUUUCGGACCGGACAUAAUUUUGCGACGUACUCACAACAAAUCAAGUCGGAAGUGUAUCAAGAAAACACACGUGUUAAACAUGAAAAACUCUAAAAAGCACAAUAAUGUGUCCAAAAAGGGCAAAUUUAAGCCGGGAUCGAAGAAAAGAGAAAACAAAUGCAUCGUUAUGUUCGACGACAAAGACAGACAGUAAGUGAACCUGCUGGUAAUGUUGGAGACACAAGUGCUAAAUGCUAACAGUGUUGUGACAUAAAACUGUGAUAUGUUGGUUUACUGCCGUCUGUAAAACCUGCACAAUGCCUAAAGGUGAAAUUCUCAAUGAGUUAAACGAUGUAUAAUCCACUAAAUGUGUAUUAUUGUCUCAUUCACUGGUUUAUUCGCUAUAUAACAUAACAGGACUGUGAAGGUCUGCUGGUUCAUGAAGUUUCCUCUCCUCUGAUCCUUCAGGGAAUAUUUGACCGGUUUCCAUAAACGAAAAGUGGAAAGAAGGAAAGCAGCGGUGGCUGAAAUCCGCAAGAAAAUCAAGGAAGAGCAAAUAAGAGUCAGAGAAGAGGUGGGUGUAAAGAGAGGAGAGGAAUGAAAAGAUAUAUAAAAACAGGAAUAAAAAUAUAAUAUAAACUGAUUUUGUAUGACUGUCUGCUUUCAGAGGCAUAAAGAAUAUAUAAAAAUGCUAAAGGAGAGGACAGAAGCUCUUGGUAAGUUUGAGAAAAAUGUUUUCGACAAUUUCACAAAUUUACACGACAUACAGUCACAUCUCUGUAACCGAGAAUACAAUAAGAAAGUUAUUUUGAUGCCCAAUUGAUAAAAAGAAAAAACUCAACAUCCAUAUACUUUUUUUUAAUCCAUUACAGGUAAAGUGGUGUAUUUCAAGUCAAUUUUUUGUACCUCGCAUCAUAACACUAUUUCAGAUAUCCCACAAAUAUAAUCCCUAUAAUCCCUAAUCCCUCCACCUGGUGCUGGGCCGGCCACGAGGUCUCCUUCCGGUGGGACAUUUCUGGAACACCUCUAACAAGAGGCAUCCAGAAUGCAUCCUAAUCAGAUGCCCGAGCCACCUCGGCUGACUCCUCUUGACGUGAAGGAACAGCGGUUCUACUCGGAGUGCCUCCGAGUGUCUGAGCUCCUUACCCUAUCUCUAAGGCUGAGCCCGGCCACCCUGUGAAGGAAACCCAUUUCAGUCGCUUGUAUCAGCGAUCCUGUUCUUUCGGUCAUUACCCAAAGUUCAUGGCCAUAGGUGCGCAGGUCCAGCUGGAAAAAGAAAUCUGUAUCUCCAUAAACAGGGGCGGACUGGGACCAUAAUUCAGGCCAGGAGUUUGACUCCAUCCAGGCCAGGCCAAUACACAUUUACACGGAAGUGCCUACACCGGCGAAAAGUUUUGGACAUUUGAAGCCAGAUUUAGUGAAAAUAAUGCUAAUGUGAAGAAUGUAGAAUUCUUCACAUUCUUCACAUUCCUGGUGGCGACGCCAGGCCACCGGGAAUCGGCCCGGUGAUCCCGAUGUUCCAGUCCACCACUGUCCGUAAAGCUUCUCAGCAGAUGGAAGAAUGAAGUGCGUUAAAAUCUCCUGGUAGACUUUAGGCUGUAAUGAGCACAAUUAUAACACAAAAGCGAGUGAAACGUUUAGGUUUAUAUGGAGUGGGUCUGCCGAAUAACAUUGAUAGGAAAUAUUGAACUUUUUUCAUGAUGAUUGUCUAGUUUGUUGAGAUGCAUCUGUAAGAUUUUUUUUUAAAAUCUGUUUCUAUUUUGUCUUGAUCUCACCUAUCAGAGGCUGCUGAAGAUGAUCUGGAGGGCAAUAUAACAAGUACAAAAGAGUCUGUGCAGUAUGACCAUCCCAACCACACUGUCACCGUGACAACCAUCAGUGAUCUUGACCUCACAGGAGCGUACCUGCUCGGACCUGCAGGAGAGCAGGUAACCAUGAGGAAACAUUAAAGCUCACAUUGUUUGCUCUGAUAAUAAUUGAUUAAAAAAAGACAAAGAAUGAAACUUCAUGUCAAUUAAACUCUUCAAAAAGAUUAUACCUUUUGUUUAAAGGCUAAUGGAGUGGGCGGGGAUGAAGACAAAGAGGAGGAAGAGGAGGAGAAAAUACCUACACUGCCAAGAAAAGCUGGGAAUCCAAUCAUGAACAAAAAGUAAGAUUUUCACCACUCAGAAAACUUCAUAUGGGCAUCAGUUUUUCUUGUCUCUUUUCUUGUCUGAGAUGAUUGUCCAAUAAUCCUACAUUCUCCUACCACUAACAAUCCAGCUAACACAUCUUCAGGUGUGGUUUAAAAUUGUCUGCCUGUUGUCCUCCAGCUGUUCUCACUCCAGCUGCUUUCCUCUCUCUCUCUCUCUCUCUCUCUCUCUCUCUCUCUCCCCACCUCCCGCUGCUGCAGGAUCCGCUCCCUGACUGCCUCCCUCAGCACUUACACCAGCAAGAGGAAGAGGAAAGGGAAGCAGGAAGGCCGAGGAGGACGAGGCCGGCAGACAGACAAGAGAUCUGGUGCCGGGGAGAGUAAGAGCAGAUUCAAGAAGACCAGCAAGUGGCAGAGACGUCGAAACACAGGGAAGAGAGGGCAACAUCAGGACUGAAACACAAUACAGAGGAAUAAAACAGGUUUGAACCGUGGAGAGACUUGAUUUACUGUGCCGUGUGUCCUCAAAGUGGACAAACUGGACUUUGGAUUACUUCUGCUCCUGUGUUUCAGCAGGAUACUAGAGACGUUUGUCAAAUAAACACAACUUGCUGUGUAUGGGGGAGUAUUAGAGCCACAUUAAAGAAACAUUCAAGAUUUUAAGACUGAAGCUUUAGCAGUAUGAGAAUAAGGUUAUGAGUUUUAAAUCUUAAUAUUAUGAUGAAAAGAAUAUCAUAGUGUUGUCUAAGACAGUCCAUCUUUAGGAUUCAUGUUUUUUCCUGUACAGCCUGUCAGAGUCCUGAUACAUAUGAUAAUGUGGUUCUAAUGUGCCAGAAUAAACUCAUUUAAGUUGUUUGUGAAGCCUCUACUACAGCAUCACCUCACAAGUUUCCCGCUGCUCCCCUGAUAUCUCCCUUCAAAAUAAUGUGGCUUUAAUAUUCCUUUGUAGGUGUGCUGUACGGUGGCCCUGAGGGUCAACUGAACAAAAAUGUCAUGAUAUGAAAAACAACUUCUCUAAAUGCUAAAAACAUUUAGCUUGACGUGAAACAAAUUUUACCAAACACACGACAUGUAGAAUAUUUCAUGAAACAUAAGUUAUUGUGAAAUGCUCAAAUAUUCACAAAAACAAAAAUAUUCAAUGAAACACCAACAUUUUUUGUGAACAUUUAAUCAUCAAACAAAAAGCAAAAGUUUUUGGGUUUUUUUUUGUUAUUUUUCUUUGAAAUUAUUACAUCAUUAUUAAAUGAAUUUGCAUUUUGCUGAACUGAUUUUGUGAUCAAUUAAAUAUUUAUACUGAAAUAUGCUUACCAUUUAAUAUUCUGACUUUGUUCUAAUUGUUUUAAAAUUUCACCCCAAAAAUUUUGUAUCAUGAGAUUUAUGUGAAUUUGACCUUCAGGGCUACCGUACAGUGUUUGUGUUAUUGUGACAUCCCAUAGUCUCAGCAGAAUUCACAUUGACACAUUUGUCAGAGUUGAACUGUUUUUGUAGCGCUCUGUCUGUAACAUUCAUAUUUUGUGUUGUAUUAACAAACAUUUGUAUUGAAUAAAAGAUAACUCUUGUUAAUAAGUGA